ACGUCACGGUCUACGCGCUAAGGCAACAACAAUACACGAGAAAGCGACAUACUGUAGGCAGUUUAUAACACACGGUUUUCUCCACACUGUGCGUUUUUGUCAGUUUCAGAAUCUCUCUCCACCCUUCAGCCACUAACCAUGUCAGGCUCGUCGACUCCAGAGGACGCGUUGUACGGCUCGUGGGUGGAGCUGGAGGAGCUAAUAUCAGCAGUGAGCAGCAGGGAUAGUCUGACAGGGCAACAACAGGACACAGCCUCCUGGGCCCUGCAGGGGGAGCUAGAGAGGAUCCUGCUGGAGGCACAGCUUGAGUGUGAGAGGAGUAAAGACAGUCCUCCCCUGGUGGUGACUCCUCCGCAGACCACUGCUUCCCCUCCCCACAGUGAAGGCAGCAACAGUACAGACUGUGUUACCAUACAGGUGGAAAAGGGCUGUGUGGACUACAAUAAAGAUGGAGUCAUCUGUGGAUCUGUUGGGGAGUACGAAGAAGAAGGGGAGAGGAGGCUCAUUUCCGAGUGGGUAUGGGACUGGUCCAGCCGGCCCGAGAACCUUCCACCAAAGGAGUUUGUGUUCCAGCACCCGAAGCAGCAGUCGGGCUCUCUGAGCGUAAGGAAGAGUGAGGUGAUGAAAAGAGGCCUGUUCUCCUCUGACGUCCUCAUGAUCCUCAUCCCCUCACUGCUUGCAUCGCACCUGCUCACACUGGGAGUAGGGAUCUACAUAGGGAAGCGAUUGGCUGCCUCCACAACUAGCACUCUGUGACGUGCUUCCGGGCAGCGCUCCCAUUCGCUGGCGGCAGACCAAUAGGAUCUCAGCCCUCGCCACAGUACACUUGUUGCCCUUUCUCCCUGUCAUGCGGCAACUUUCUUUACCAAUGUCUCUCUGUAUGUCUGUCUGUCUGUCUGUCUGUCUGUCUGUCUGUCUGUCUGUCUGUCCACCAUCCACCAGAACUUUGUGUCUGUCCGUCAGUCACCCAGCAUCUCUGAAUCUGUGAUUGUCCCAGGGCCAGAGCGUGUCUGUUUGUGUGUUUGUCUCUCUCUCUCUGUGUGUGUGUGUGUGUGUGUGUGUGUGUGUGUUAGGGCAGGACAGUUGAUACUCUACGGACAUUUUGUCAAUGACUCAGACUGAGGUCACUUUUACUCUCCCAGCAGAGUAACACUGAUCUCAAUUAACUAACAGAAAGAAACGAGUGAUAAGAUCGAGAGAGAAAAGAGAGAGGAAGAAAGAGAAUAACACCCAGAUAAAUCCCCAUUGAAGGUGUUAGCAGAUUGUUGAAGAAAUGGGGUAUAUAGCCCAAUGCUUUCCCAAAUAAAAACCAGAAUCUAAUCCUGGUGAAAGAAAGUAUAUGGCAGUAUAUACAGGCAGUAUAUGCCUAUAUAACUCUGGUCACCAAUAUUAUGUGUCAGACAUGCCAGAACUGUGAUGAGCCCAGGUGAUUUGUAUUAGGUUUGAGGAAUGGCUUGUUUAAUGUUCUUUGUGGUUUAUGACCACAAAAGUGGCGCUCUGGUUUUGCACUUUGUCCUAUAUAACCAUCUGACUGUUUGAACUCUUUGAAUGACUAUAACCCCAUUAAACUUCAUUUGUCACCCGUG